UGAGACCGGCCGCCAUCUUUACUCCAUCAACAGCACAUCGCUGCCGGUGGGGCGGAACACCACUCAUCGACCCAGUUGAUUUCUAGGAACCGCCGACAGACCUGGCGCUCCGCCGUGUGUUUUUUCCCCCCCACUGAAGAAUCGCCGCGUUUCGACCCGUUUCGCCUCCUCCAGCUGCCGCACCUCGACACACGAUGGGAGAGCGAGAGGACCUCGUUUACCAGGCGAAGCUGGCCGAGCAGGCAGAGCGAUAUGACGAGAUGGUGGUGUCCAUGAAGAACGUGGCGGGCAUGGACGUGGAGCUCACGGUGGAGGAGAGGAACCUCCUGUCGGUGGCCUACAAGAACGUGAUCGGCGCCCGCAGAGCCUCGUGGAGGAUCAUCAGCAGCAUCGAGCAGCGGGAGGAGAGCAAAGGCAGCGAGGAGAAGCUGAAGAUGAUCCGGGAAUACCGGCAAACGGUUGAGAAGGAGCUGAAGUCGAUCUGCGGUGAUAUUCUGGAUGCACUGGACAGACACCUACUGCCCUCUGCUGUCAUGGGAGAGUCCAAGGUGUUCUACAACAAAAUGAAGGGCGACUACCACAGGUACCUGGCAGAGUUCGCCACCGGCAACCACAGAAAGGAGGCGGCGGAGAACAGCCUGGUGGCCUACAAAACCGCCACCGACCUCGCCAUGCUGGAGCUCCCGCCCACGCACCCCAUCCGCCUCGGCCUCGCCCUCAACUUCUCCGUCUUCUACUACGAGAUCUUAAACUCUCCCGACCGCGCCUGCAGGUUGGCGAAGGCCGCGUUCGACGACGCCAUCGCCGAACUGGACACACUGAAUGAAGACAGCUACAAGGACUCCACACUCAUCAUGCAGUUGUUACGCGACAACCUGACAUUAUGGACUUCAGAUAUGCAGGGAGAAGGUGAAGAACAAAACAAAGAGGCGAUGCAGGACGUGGAGGACGAGGCCCAGUGAGACGACGACGCCACCGCCAGCCAACAACUUGAGCCCCUCCCCCUUUCACCCUUCCUCGCCAUUCUCUCCCCCACCCUCCUCCUCCUUUCUUCCACCCCCUGCAGCUCCGUGGACCCAGCAGGGCCCGGCGGAGCCAACACGUUUAUGUUUCUCUUCUUUUUUAUUUUUAUAUUAGCCCUUGCAUCAUUCAAGUCGACAGCACUUAAAGGAGACAGGAAACAGGAAGUCAGGCGGAGAUGAAGAGGGUCCCGAGGUUGUUUCUGUGUUCUUAUUGUCCCGGUACACGCGGUUCUGGAACCUUCUCUUUUUGUUCUCAUUAUUGUAUUUUCGUUUUGUUUUUUUCUCUUUUUUUUCUCUCAAUAUUUGUAUCAGUUGCUGGAUGUGUUGAGAAUUGUUUUUCUUAAUGUAAUUACAGAAAUUAACUUUUAUGACUGAUAAUGUUGACUUAUUAGUUACGAGAGCUUAUUUUAGCUCUUUUGUUUUUAGUGAAUUGUCACGCGGAUCAUUUUAUCUUGUUGGUGUCGUCGUCGUCGUUGUUGUUGUUGUUGUUGUUGGGCAGUUUUGGGAAAACUACAAGAGCCCUUUUUUUUUUUUUUAACUUAGGAUUUCAGAGGAAGUUGGCAAAAUUUGCGAUAUCCACGUGGAGCAGAGGAGCGCUCGACUUUCCCCCGUAGUGAUGCUGUCGUCAUGUUUUUGUAGUUCUGUGCUGAGAUACUGUAAUAUACGUGCUGAACCUCCGGAGGGCGACCUACUGCUAGUUUGAGUUAAAGUCUCGAUUCGGCCUCUAAAAUCCCAAAAGCAUCGUCGGCGCUCGCAUUACGUUAACACGUUUUUAUUUCCCCGACUUUCUUAUUCCUAAAAGAGUUCAGAGGUUGUUUAUUUUAGUUUGUUUCGCGGUUUCCUUUUUUGUUUCCCCUCCUUUGUUGUUGUUUUUGCUUCAUUGUGUGUAACGUGGAGCUGAUUUGUACUACUGGAUAUCUGACUGGAGCCACAGACGGGGAAUCUGUUCUUACUGAAACACAGCAUGGAAUUAACAUUAAACAAUCUAAAUUAAACGUUACGAGCUGA